AUGGCGUUGCUGGAGCAGACCUGGGGCCCGAUCUUGCAGAAUCCCAGCUACGACAUCGUUCCGAAGGCUGGGCAUUGGCUCGGAGAUGAAAGUCCCGAGUGGAUUGCAAAUAGGGUUCUCAAUUUCUUUGCUGAGGAUGAAGGUAUUCCACCCGUGGACCUCUCGUACCUCAAAAACAAAGUCACGUUAGUUUGA